GUGUGGGAAACUAACUUAUCUACAAUUUGAAGUUCUCCUUUGUCUACUACAACAAACUUAUCUUCUUUUUACUAAACAGAAAAAAAGCAAAAAUGGGAGAUUUUAAUUCUAAGAAAAUUAACAAAGUGAAUUUUGGAACUUAUAUUCAAGAAUUACCAAAGAGAGAAAUUGGGAAAGAAGGCUUGAGAAAAAAGAUUUUGCAAAAAGGGAAUUCUUGGAAGACACCAUUUCCUGGUGAUGAAAUCCAAGUUCAUUACGGAGUGAAACUUCAAGAUGGGGAAUAUUUUGAUUCAAGCUACGAUAAAGGAAAGCCUUUUACAUUCAAGCUAGGACAAGGUGAAGUUAUUAAAGGAUGGGAUGAAGGAAUUGCAACAAUGAAAAAGAGUGAAAGAGCAAUUUUCACAAUUCCACCAAAUUUGGGUUAUGGAGAAAUUGGUUCACCACCUCUAAUUCCUCCAAAUUCAACACUCAUUUUUGAAAUAGAAUUGGUUUCUUGGAAUUCAAUUAGAGAUAUAAGUGGAGAUGGAGGAAUAUCCAAGAAAAUAAUAAAAGAAGGUGAAGGAUGGGCUACACCUAAAGAUGUAGAUGAAGUACUAGGUAAAAUUUCUUGCCUUAUUUCAUUUAAUUUAUUAUUAGUAUACGCGUCACCUUGAAAUUUCAUUUCUGUA